GCCGCCGCCUCCCCUGCGCGCGCCGCCUCCCCGCCCUCCUGGCCACCUGGCCCUCCUGGUCGACGACACGCGCACUUGAAACUUGUUCCCAGGGUGUGCGGCAUCAACUUUCCGGAAGCAACCAGCCCACCAGAGGAGGUAGACGGACAGCUAUGUAUAUAUACGUGGGUCUCUACAAGUGGCUCUGGAGCAAGACGGCCUAGUUCGCGAAGAAGCUGACUUCCGAGGGGGAAACUUUUUCUUCUCUUUUUAGGAAGGGGUCAGCUCGGCUCCACGAACCCGGGAGAAGUGCCGGCCAGAUCUAAUGAGACUUUGCUAGGGAAGACGUGUCCACACGCUGCUCAUCCUUGAUGCGUAUAUAAAAGCAUUUCAUUGUGGUUGUUAUUUCAGAGGACCGUCUCUGAUUUUGUUUUGCUUUGGUUUUUUCUUUUUUUCUUUUUGUUUUUCCCCCCCCUUUUGGUCCCUUUUCGCCUGUGUGAUUUUGGGAAAAGCACAGUUGCAGUAGCUGAUUCCUAAAUAAGUCCCGCGAGCGACAGGGGACGAUGCUGCGGAGGCUGGUUCAGCAGUGGGGCGUCGCGGUGUUCCUGCUGAGCUACUCGGUGCCCUCCUGCGGGCGCUCGGUGGAGGAGCUCGGCCGCCGGCUCAAAAGAGCUGUGUCUGAACAUCAGCUCCUUCAUGACAAGGGGAAAUCUAUCCAAGACUUACGGCGACGAUUCUUCCUUCAUCACCUGAUUGCAGAAAUCCACACAGCAGAAAUCAGAGCUACCUCGGAGGUUUCCCCCAACUCCAAGCCUGCUCCCAACACAAAGAACCACCCCGUCCGAUUUGGGUCUGAUGAUGAGGGCAGAUACCUAACUCAGGAAACCAACAAGGUGGAGACAUACAAGGAGCAGCCACUGAAGACACCUGGCAAGAAAAAGAAAGGCAAACCCGGAAAACGCAAGGAGCAGGAAAAAAAGAAACGUCGAACUCGGUCUGCCUGGCUAAACUCUGGCGUGGCUGAAAGUGGGCUAGAAGGCGACCACCCAUAUGACAUCUCAGCGACAUCGCUGGAGCUCAAUUUACGGAGGCAUUGAAAUUUUUAGCAAAGACCUUCAAAGGACGUAUUACAGGAUUCUGUAAUAGUGAACAUAUGGAAAGUAUUAGAAAUAUUUAUUGUCUGUAAAUACUGUAAAUGCAUUGGAAUAAAACUGUCUUCCCCAUUGCUCUAUGAAACUGCACAUUGGUCAUUGUGAAUAUUUUUUUUUGCCAAGGCUAAUCCAAUUAUUAUUAUCACAUUUACCAUAAUUUAUUUUGUCAACUGAUGUAUUUAUUUUGUAAAUGUAUCUUGGUGCUGCUGAAUUUCUCUAUUUUUUGUAACAUAAUGCACUUUAGGUAUACAUAUCAAGUAUGUUGAUAAAUGACACAAUAAAGUGUCUUUAUUUUGUGGUUGAUUUUAAUAAUGCCUAAAUAUAAUUAUCCAAACUGAUUUUCCUCUGUGCAUGUAAAAAUAGCAGUAUUUUAAAUUUGUAAAGAAUGUCUAAUAAAAUAUAAUCUAAAUUACA